AUGACGGCCGACACCCUCAUCCCCGACUACGCUGUCGUGCCCAUCUCGACCAACAUUCUCUCGCAGGAAGUCUUGACUGAGGCCUGGGAGGCAUAUGGCGAGUGGAACGGCUGCCUGGUCGUCGGCAACAUGAGUGCCGUUCGCGCCUGCGAGUCCAUGGGUGCCACCGUCAUGACCAAGGACGCCAUUAUUUCGCUCCCUCUCCAGACCACGGCCGGAACCGCCAAUGCCACCGACGAGCUGCUGUGGCUCUGCCGCGUCACCCCUUCGCUCAAGUUUUACGUCGACAACCUCAUCGCUGGCAUCCAGUCAUACGAGGGCGCCGAGAACGCAAUCCAGUCGUGCCGCUACUCGACUUACUUCUACAUUGGAAAAGUUAUUGGCCAGGAGCACAUGGAGAUCCCAGCCGAGCCGUACAUGAAGCGCAGUGCAGCGGUUCCCGGAAUCCGUCUUGGCAAGUGGGUCCUCCCCCUCGUCGCCACGAUUGCGGCCCUCGCCGCCUUGUAA